GCAGGAAAAAUUUGGGUGUGGUGGAGUGAUUAAUGCGAAAAAAGGGGGGGCUAUGAAAAGGGGACUAUGAACUAAUGAAUGAAAAAAAUAAAAAAAUCUAACACAUUUAUGUAUGCACAUUAUUUAUAUGACCUAGAGGUUGGAGAAGCGUCUUGUGAUCGGAGGGUCACCGGUUCGAUUCCCCCACCGGACGGGCAGGAAAAAUUUGGGUGUGGUGGAGUGAUUAAUGCGAAAAAUGCAUUAGCCGGCUGAUGUGCCCUUGAGGAAGGCACUUAACCCCCAACAUGCUGUACUGAGAAAAUGACAUAAUUAUAUACAGUCUAGUGAUUGUGGGUCCUUCUGCAGAAUAACCUCAGACAUGGCACUUCCUCAUUCCAAACACUAGAUGGCAGGCAAGACAAACUUACAAAUGGAUCUUGUUCAAAAAGCCCAUUCAGACAUUACUUUUCAAAAUAAUUUUGCAUCUUAAAUCCAUGAAUUACUUAAAAUGUUGCUAAAUUUACUAAUUUCAUUUUGGUGUUUAAAGGACAAUUUUAGAGUUCCUGAAAUUGGUGGAGUGGAGUGGAACCGAAAGAUCCACAGUGAAAUUACAAAUUUGUUGAGAGUAAUAUUUGAAUGUUGAAUCAUUAACAUGAAUCAUUAACACUUUUUCCAGCUUCUGUUUAACAUUGUGAUGUGUGCAUCUGCCUUUGUGACUCAGUGCCAUGUAAUUAUACUCCCUUCAUUGUUAUUCAUAAUCUUAAAUGAAUUUUUAAUCAUUGCAGCAUUAGAAGUUUGCUGGUUGAGGUUCAUGGGUUUUUUCAUCUUUAAAAUGUAUUAAUUUAUUAAUAAAUUGCAGUGCAAUGGCUGCUGUACUGCUUUAGAUCAAAGUAGAUAUCAAAGUAGAUCAAAGUACUAGCUUAAGUAGUAUCUGAUUGACAUACCAUACAGUACAUGUAAAAAUAAAACAAGCAAACAGAAAAAAGCUGUGACGUAUACUUUAUUGGUUUUUGAUGGAUGUGCUCACCAGCCCAUUGCUAAAGAAGGCUCCAAGAGCUCAGAUCCACACCACCCACACUACUGUUUAAAUUUUAAAAUCUCCCUGAAAUGCUGCACAUCUAAUUGUCUGCAAAGAGGGAAACUCACUCAGAAAAAUGAUGUGAUGCCCACUGCUGGCAAAAAUAAACAAUAAGUGUCAAAUGGUAAGACGGUUGGUGUUGCUGCUUAGUGUAAAAACUAUACAGCUUCAUGUUAGCAGUUAUGAUUUUUGUCACUCCCUCAUAAGUACAGAAUUUUUAUUCAUGGAAAACCACGAGAGUAAACCUGGAACCUGAUGGUUGUGUCUUAGAUUUCACCUAGCUACUCAUGUCUCACCUCAAUGCAACUUGUCAAGCUCAUACAUAAUUAAUUGUUGGUCCACUGGGCUGCUAUCAUAUGAACUUAGCCAGCUGAAGGGGUGGUGCUGGGGAGAUGAUGAUGAGUAAAGCAAGGGGGCUGGGUUUUGGGAAACCAGCUACACCUGCCCCUCCUCAGUAGGAAUGGAUGAGUUAUGAGAUGGAGAGGAGAUCUAAGCAGUCCGUUCAAUUCAGCUGCAGACAAAAGGGGGCUCACAAUGUUUAGAGACUAAAACCUGGAUUUAACACAUUUGCUCUAAUUUGCUUUCAUCCUUAUUCAUCCAUUAUAUUUUUUCCUAAACUGGAUCUUUUGGAGAUGAAACAAGCCCCAGAGGCUCUGGCUGCAUUGUGCUUUGGACACUGAAGAAUACUUCAGCAUCAUCCUCUUCUCCACUUCUUCAUUGAAUCCUUUCAUCACAACAGAGAAAGGUGGAGAGGAAAAGUCCGUCUUACCUCUGAGGGAUCUGUGGCGAGACUGAAAGGUGAAGCGAGAACCCGGUGCCACCAACUCAGGAAGGAAGAGGGGCAGCUUCUAGUGGAUUUUAUUUUGCAGAACAAAGUGUGCUACUGAGGUUUCAAGACACUGUUUACAGAUUAAAGGGGAGAGAAAAUAAAGAGGCAGAGAAAAAUGCCUUUUGGUGGGUUAGCAGGUUUGAAGGAACAGGUGCUUAACCCGGGAAAAGAGGAAGUGAAGAACACAGUGGGGGACUCUCUAGGAAAACUGCAAAGAAAAAUAGAUGGUAGUAAUGUAGAAGAAGAGGACAACAUUGAGCUGACAGAGGAUGGGCGUCCGGUGGCGUCAGCACCACGUCCUGCACCGCUGCUGGACUGUAGCUGUGGUGGUCUGCCAAAGCGUUACAUCAUCGCCAUCCUCAGCGGCCUGGGCUUCUGCAUCUCCUUUGGCAUCCGUUGCAACCUUGGUGUGGCCAUUGUGGAGAUGGUGAACAACAACACUGUCUAUAUCAAUGGAACCCCUGUUCUUCAGAAAGCUCAGUUUAACUGGGACCCAGAGACAGUGGGCCUGAUCCAUGGCUCUUUUUUCUGGGGUUACAUUGUGACUCAAAUUCCUGGUGGUUUCAUCUCCAACAAGCUGUUUGCCAACAGGGUGUUUGGGGCUGCCAUUUUCCUGACGUCAGUGCUCAAUAUGUUCAUCCCAUCAGCGGCAAGGGUCCACUACGGCUGUGUGAUGUUUGUUCGCAUCCUGCAGGGUUUAGUGGAGGGUGUGACCUACCCAGCAUGCCAUGGGAUGUGGUCCAAAUGGGCACCACCUCUUGAACGGAGUCGACUGGCCACAACUUCAUUCUGUGGAUCCUACGCAGGAGCUGUGAUCGCCAUGCCUUUAGCUGGGGUGCUUGUUCAGUAUGUCGGAUGGUCUUCGGUCUUCUACAUCUACGGUGUUUUUGGGAUCAUAUGGUAUGCCAUGUGGCUCCUGCUGGCAUAUGGAAGUCCUGCUGAACAUCCCACAAUCACAGAGGAGGAGAGGACUUACAUCGAGACCACAAUCGGUGAAAAAGUGCACCAGAUGAGUGCAACUGAGAAAUUCAAGACUCCAUGGCGUCGUUUCUUUACCUCCAUGCCUGUCUAUGCCAUCAUCGUAGCUAACUUCUGCCGCAGCUGGACCUUCUACUUGCUCCUCAUCAGCCAGCCGGCAUAUUUUGAGGAGGUUUUUGGCUUCCCCAUCAGCAAGGUGGGGAUCCUGUCUGCCGUGCCCCAUAUGGUGAUGACAAUUGUAGUUCCUAUUGGAGGACAACUGGCUGACUUUUUACGCAGUAACAAAAUCAUGUCUACCACAAAUGUGAGGAAACUCAUGAACUGUGGAGGUUUUGGUAUGGAAGCUACUCUGCUGUUGGUGGUGGGUUUUUCUCACACUCGUGGGGUCGCCAUCUCCUUCCUGGUUCUGGCUGUAGGGUUCAGUGGAUUUGCCAUCUCAGGUUUUAAUGUUAAUCAUUUGGAUAUCGCUCCUCGCUAUGCCAGCAUCCUGAUGGGCAUUUCUAAUGGGGUGGGAACACUAUCUGGAAUGGUGUGUCCUUUGAUUGUUGGAGCCCUGACAAAACACAAGACUCGUCUGGAGUGGCAAAAUGUCUUUGUUAUUGCGUCCAUGGUGCAUUACUCAGGAGUCAUCUUCUACGCAAUCUUUGCUUCGGGAGAGCAGCAGGACUGGGCCAACCCUGAGAGCACCAGCGAGGAAAAAUGUGGCAUCAUUGAUGAGGACGAGCUGGCUGAAGAGUCAGAGCUCAACAGCGAGAACACAGUGGCUCCCAAAAAGAGCUACGGAACCACAGACAAUUCAUCUGGUCGAAAACAGGGCUGGAAAAAGAAGAGAGGAGUAACCAUGCAAGAAGAGGAGGAAUAUCAUGGGAACGGCGACUAUCAGGGCCAAUACCAGUGAGAUGCCAUGUGGGGCAAAGGACUUCCAAAGCACUGGACAUGGCCGAAGGUUUGAUUUCACACCUGUUGAAAUGUCAGAAACAUCAGACAAGUAACAGGGGCAAGAGCAUCAAGAUGGCCCUUUCAUUUUCAGUCACUACUCCAGUAUGUACUGUCAUGUCCACAUGGAAACACAACAAAUGAUUAUGAUGAAAAAAGAAAUUAAAUUCUAAAGUCAAACAGUGUGUAUAUAUAUAUAUAUAC